UGUCAGCUGCCCUGGAGUUUGGACGCUGAUCAGAAGAGGAAGAGGCAGAGGAAGAGGAGAGCAGACGAUGUUGUGCGUGUCAGUGUGUGUGUUGGUUCUGUCGGCUCUCGGGCACAGCAGUCCAGAUGUUUUCAGAAACCGACACUACGAUGACCCACGGCACCAGGAGGACCCUGAAGUGCACAUGAACAUAUCAGAGAUCAUCAGGAGGUGGGGUUACCCAGCAGAGGAACAUGAGGUGGAAACAGAGGAUGGCUACAUUCUGACCAUCAACAGAAUUCCCAGUGGACUCAAACGCACCGCAGGUCCGAAGCCGGCGGUUUUCUUGCAGCACGGCCUGCUGGCUGCAGGCAGCAACUUCAUCACCAACCCUCCAGAAACCGGCCUGGGCUACGUGCUGGCAGACGCCGGCUACGACGUGUGGAUUGGAAACAGCCGGGGGAACACCUGGUCCAGGAAGCACCGGAGUCUGAACCCGGAGCAGGACGACUUCUGGAAAUUCAGCCAUGACGAGCUGGCUUUCAAGGACCUUCCGGCUGUUGUGGACUACGUGUUGAAAAUGACCGGCGAGGAGCAGAUCUUCUACGUGGGACACUCUCAGGGAACCACGAUUGCAUUCAUAGCGUUCUCCACGCUGCCAGAGCUCGCCAGUAAGAUCAAAAUGUUCAUUGGGUUGGCUCCAGUCGCAACGGUGGCCUUCACCAGCAGCGCCAUGACCAAAUUGGCCAUCCUGCCAGAAAACAUCAUCUGGGAUUUGUUCGGUAAACGGGACUUCCUCCCUCAAAGUCACAUGAUCGAGUGGCUUGCGGAACACGUGUGUGGGAAGACGCUGCUCGAUGAACUGUGUGUGAACAUCUUCUUUGUCAUCUGUGGCUUCGAUGAGAAAAACCUCAACGCGAGUCGGACUCCAGUCUACACCACUCACUGUCCUGCGGGGACGUCCGUCCAGAACAUGGUCCAUUGGUCCCAGGCCAUUCACGCGGGAAAACUCAUGGCCUUCGACUUUGGACCUGCUGGAAACAUGAAGCACUACAACCAGGUGACCCCGCCUGAGUACCACGUCCAGAACAUGAAGGUUCCCACCGCCCUGUUCUCAGGGGGGCAGGACACGCUGGCGGACCCUAAAGACAUAGCCAUCCUGCUCACUCAGGUGCCAGACCUGGUCUACCAUCGACACAUCGAACACUGGGACCACCUGGACUUCAUCUGGGGUCUGGACGCUCCUCAGCAGAUGUUUCCCGACAUCCUGAGGCUGCUGGAGGCGCGUCGUUAGAUCACCUGUCGCAUCUCUUUUUCAACCUCUAAACUUUUCACAUGUUUACUUUACAAAUACUUCAGUGUUUAAACCACCACAUUAAAACUAACACAGUUUUUUAAACCUUGAGUCCGUUUUCUUUUUACACAGAGCUCUCAUUGUGAA